UUCAGUGGAGCUCUUGAGCCACUUCUGGUUUGGAGCUGCCUAAUUCAUGAAUUGUUGUUUGCUCAAGUAACUCCUUUAUUAUUUUAUUGUGCCUCAGUUUACUUUCUGGCAGUCCCAUCUAAGGAGAGGAAGAGUGGCCAGAACCGCAGGUCCUCUCCUGGCACAGCCAGGUGGCCUGUCCUGUGCCCGCCUGGCCUACCCUUGGAUCCCCGGGCUGCUUGGGCGUGUGACCACCUUGGGCGUGUGACCACCCCAACCAGAGGGCGCCAUGCCCCCCGCGACCCUGCUGCUGCUGCUGCUAUGGCUACAGGGCUGCGUCUCAGGUCUCCCGGCAGAGAGCGCAUACACCAAAGUAAAGCUCCUUGAAGGGGAGACGCUGUCUGUGCAGUGCUCCUACAAGGGCUACAAGAACCGCGUGGAGGGCAAGGUUUGGUGCAAGAUCAGGAGGAAGCGGUGUGAGCCUGGGUUCACCCGGGCCUGGGUGAAGGGGCCUCGCUACCUGCUGCAGGAUGAUGCCCAGGUCAAGGUGGUCAACAUCACCAUGGUGGCCCUCAAGAGCCAGGACUCAGGCCGAUACUGGUGCAUGCGCAACACCUCCGGCACCCUCUACCCUCUGAUGGGCAUCCAGCUGGAAGUUUCUCCAGGCUCCGCAGCUGAGAGGAGCACCCCCCUCACACAUCUGGCUGACGUCUUCAAGAGUGGAAUCGUCGCAGCAGGCCAAGCCCCUUCCUCAGGCCCCGAUGUGCCUUCCGCCACUGGCAGGACGGGCUUCACCCCUGGGAUCCUCACCUUGGCCAGACUCUUACCCUCCUCCAGCCCAACCUCCAUGCCAGGCUACAGCUUCACGGGUGCCAGCCUGACCACCACGGGGCCCAGGAGGACCGCGGGGGGCCAGACAGCGACUGCACCUCCCCGCAAUGCCGGGGCCUCCUCUGUGGGCUCAGAAUCCAUCUCCUCCGAGUCUGGGCACCUUGGCACCAGAGUGCCAGUGACAGUGAUGUGCCACACCAGCAGAUCUCUCGACAAAUUUCCCUCCCUCAGGAACCAGGAUUUCUACCCCACUGUGCUGGUGAUGGGCCUGACCUUCCUUCUGGUGCCCGUGAUGCUGGUCGUGGUCUAUGGGCUUUGGAAGAAGCGACACGUGGGAAGCUACAGCAUUCGCAGUGAUCCUGCUAGACCCUGGAAGGACCCACCUAGACGACCAGAGCCUCCGUGGAAGCUUGCUUGGUCUGAGACCACUUAACGAUGGGGUGGGGAGCUUCUCCCAGAGGGGCCCCUGGAAGCCAGAGGAGGGGGAAGACCUGGGCCAGUCUGGAUUGGGGGGUUGGAGGGCUCGUACAGUGCUGGAAUCGCCCAGGCCCUCCCAGAACCAGAGGCUGCACCCCACUUGUGUCGGGGCCAGCAGCCAGGAGCUCAGAGUUCUCCUGUGCUGCCAGGAAUGUGGGGAGGGACCCAGAGCAGCGGGCAGCAGGCAGGAGUCCUGGGGAAAGCGUCCAAGAGGUUUCUGCUCUGAGCCCCAGACCCCAGGGCCCUGGUGGGUGGCAGAGAAGCCCUGGAAGUGUUGUUUACAGAGACCCGAGCUCCUGUCUGCCUCAGCGCCCCUUACUAGCAAGCUGGGGGAGGGGGUGCAGCUAGAGCUUCCCUCUCCCAGCCAGGAGCCCUGUGUCCCUGGCUUCCCCCUGAUCCCCUCAGGCUUUCCCUACACUGAGGGGAGAAAGAGUUGGGGUUCAGGGGCCCCAGAGGUAGCCGAUGUCCUGGAGGAGAAGGACAGUGACUAAGAGCUGGGGACCCACAGAGGGGCUGGCAGCAGGGGAUCCCAAAGCUGUCCAAGGCUCUCCCUGUCCAUCAAGUGUCCCCUGAUGGGGCCUCUGGAUGCACCCCGCCCGGAGGGUGGCUGCUUGUCCUCCUGCCCUGGGAGCCUGCAGAGCCCACUCUCUCAUCACUGCCUCCUGCUGGCCGGCCCCUCCUGGACGAGCUGUGACCUACCAGGCAGAUAAGAGCCCCUGAGCUGCAGGGUCAGCCUCUUCCCCGCCUCCUCCUAAGGGUGCAGAGGCUGAAUUCGAGGCUCUCUCUUCCAGUUCCUGCACCUGGGGUCCAGGUCUGAGCUCCUGGAGGGGACCGAGGGCCCAGCCUGGUCCCCACCCUGGGGUGGCCGAGACCCUGGCUCUGUAUGGAGGGCGCUCGCCACGCAGGCACUGGUGGGGAGGCCAUGGCUCAGAGAAAGAGUGGAUCACUCUCACCCCACUGCCCAGGGGCUCACUGUCCCCUGGGGAGAGAAGAUACAUGUGUGACACACCAAAGACAACUUGGAGCCGAGCGUGACCUGGAGGACCAGCCUAGGCAGGAGCAGGAAGAAGCAAGCCCAACUAGCCUCUGCCGGGGAGUCCAGUGGCCCAAGGAGUCUGCCUCGUGCCUACUGCCUCAUGGCUCAGACUUGACCUCCGCUGCUCAGACCACUGCCCGGUCGGUGUCCAAAGUGAAGGUGGAGGAUGCAGCCUGGACUCCUCCCCCAGGGAGCAGUGUCCAGCAGCCUGGAGGGGCUGCAGUAGCCCCUGGGGAUAAAUGUGACAUCCGAACUCUCAGCUGUGAGUCAGGCACUUCCCAGCGGGAGAGAAAACACCACAGUCAGGAGAGUGAUGCAGCCGGGGCCCUGGUGGGCAGCCCGGUGGCCACUGCAGGGUGGAUGAGGGGACAGGAAGGGGCAGCGGGUAUUCCUGGGCACAGCAGGGAAGAGGGCCCUCUUCCCUAUGGCCAGGAGAGGGCAGUAGAGGAAAGACUCCGGUUGUGGAAUGGACACACACACACACACACACACACACUGACAUCCAUCUGAUCAGCAAGCAACCUGCUGAGAAAGCUGCUCUCCUUAUCCCGAGAGUGUGGCCACCACCCUGGGGUGCAGUUAGGAGGGGGCUUAACUGUCCUGGACGGAAUAGCUCCCCGGGAGCUCCCUCCACGUGUGACCCUGCAGCAGCACCACUGCCAGCCCUGCCUCUCCUGUCAGCCAGAUGCCCGGGGGGAGGAGCACUGGGGAAGGAGUCAGGGAUGACAAUGGGGAUGUCAUCUGUCACUGUGUGACCCUCAGCAAGUCACUCCCCCUGUCUCAGCCUCAGUUUUCCUCUCUUGCAAAAGGAGACAACAACUCCUGCCUCUCAGUAUUGUUCUCCGACAGAACAAAAUUACAUGAACGUUGUACAGCCAAGCUGAUGCAUCUUUGCUAUUGUUCCCUAAGUUCUUUCCGGUACCAGCGCUGUUUCUCACAUCGCAUUUAAGACCUCAGGAUCCUUUCUUCAUUUUGUCCUCUCUCUCCCCAAGUUUCCUCACUGCAUGGAUGUUGGGGGCCCCCGACGGCAGCCCCUUUGGUGAGGUUGUCUUGUGCAGGGGUGGGUACGGGAUGGGCUCCUGUCGGUGUGACCUUGGCAAGUCACUGUCCCUCUCUGACCCUGCUUCCUCAUCUGGAAAGGGAGGAGGAGAUGAGCUCUGCUGCCCCUUCUGCAUCCCUCCCAGCCCACAGCGUGUGCGGGACAGUCACGUGCGCACAUGCGGUGUGGAGUGAGGCGGGACAUGCCGGGGGAGAGGGAGCCAGCCUGGCCUGUCUGCUCCCAGCCUGAGGGAAGGGAGACGCGGCCCGACUGGGCACACCCAGACCUUAGCAGAGGGGCAGACGCCAUGGUGCAGGACAGUCCUUCAGAGAUGGGGCACUGGGGACCCUGCAGGCUACGGCCAGCCAGGUGGGCUUCAUGGAGGAGGUGGGGCUUCGUCUGAGGCUUGAAGCAUGGGUUGGGGUCAGGAGGCGACAUCCCUGAGGGAGAUUCCAAGAACGCACGUGCAGAGACUGCACAGGCCACGGUAGCUGGGAGCCAUGGGGAGGCACAGGAGGGGAUGUGACCGGGCCCCAGGUGGAGGUUGCUGGACCCAAGCAGAGGCCUUUGGUGUGUCCUGAAGUUAGGCAGGGUAGCUGAGAGGGUGACCAGCAGUCCCUAUUUGCCCAGAUGAGGGGCUUCUGGAACUGAGCGAACCAGCACUCGUGGCUCCCCCUAGGAGCCUGCUCCCACGUGGACCCUGUGCUAAGGACACAGGGUGCCGAGCAGCUAUAGACCCCACAGCCCGGUUCCCCCUGGACAUUUUCCUCAAGACCACAGCCUCUCGCUUCCUCCUUCCUAUCUUGCCUUUCUUCCCCAGGCUCCUGGGGACCCAGAUCCAUAGCGGACCCAGGGGAGGGAGGUGCAGGGCAGAUGGGUGUUGGGGGGCUGCUCGCUUUAGUGGGUGAGGCCACGAAGCUUCCUGAGCAGCAGGCUGUGGAGACGGAGCACAUCUGCAAAGGGCCUGCGGUCACAACCGAAGGAAAGAGCAAAUGCAGUAAAUGCAGCACCCGCUCGAGGCACACGCCCCUCCGUGGAGCCCGGCAAGCAGCACGAGGCCCACCGUUCUCCCAGGUGGCUGCAGAACGCGCUCUUCACUCUGCGUCCAGCUGAGUGGGUGGAUGCCGCACCGGGCCGCCAGCUCCGCAUUCGGGACUGACGGGCUUCCUGCCGGGAUGCUGGGAGUGGUGAGGGCACAGGCCUCCUCCGCCAGCCCCUCUGGGUGCUCCCUCAGCUGCAGAGAGCCACCUUGCCAAGGCCAGACCCCUGCCCAGGACACCACACCUCUCCUGACUGAUUGACAAGGGGUGGGUCUCAACACUGCCUUGCCAACUUGGCGAGUCCUGCGGGGCUAUCUCGUCUUCGGAACUCCUCCCAAGGUGGCCUGAGUUGUCCCAUGGCCUACAUUGCAGCCCCGCUUCCCCUUCUGUCCCAUGCUGCUUCCUGCCCUUGUCUCCCCCAAAUGGUGGUCCCCAGAGUCCUCCUGUGCUAUGCCAGGGGCGGUGGCUCACACCUAUAGUCUGAGUACUUUGGGAGGCCAAGGCGGGAGGAUCACUUGA